UCAAAUAGCUAUUUUAUAAACAAAAUAUUACCAAAAUGUCCAAAAUUACAACUUUGUUAAAUGUUAUUAGUAAGAGAAGUAUUUCUCUGUCAGCACCGAGGGAGGGAAAAAGGAAUUUUCGUAAGUUUAUAAUCGCUAACAAAAGAGGUUCCAGGCUUCACAAGGAAAGACAAGCUGGCCCCAACCCAGAGUUAGAAGUAGAUAAACGCGGAGUAAGGGACACGGGAUACGUAUUGAAUGGCCGUUUUUAUAACAUACCAGAAAUGAUCCCCGAACUAGUCGUGCCAGACCUGACGGGAUGUGAUCUAAAACCGUAUGUGUCUUACAAAGCUGAAGACGUAAUUCAGAGUGAAUUUACUGCACAACAGCUCUUCGACGCUGUUUACAGUAAAAAGAUCGUUACAGACUACAAGGAAGGUAAACUGGAUGCAGAGGGACAACCUAUUGAGCCGUCUGAAGAAGAGAAACUUCAACCACACGAAGCUGUUGAGAGAGCCAAGCGAACUGGUUCAGAUAUAUUCUAAGAAAUGUACAAAAUCUAUACUAUUAGUUAUUUAUUAGUAAUAAAAUAUAAAAGUUCAACU